AUGGAUUUAGGGUACCAUCAUCAGCUUCAACCACAGCAGCAGCAUCAGCAGCAGUACCAACAGCAAUACGGUAACGCAGCUGGCUAUGGUGGUCAUGGGACGCGGGAGAAAUCUCUACUGCCACAGCGGUCAGUAGUGUCGAAGGGAAAAUACUCUUUGCAGGACUUCCAAAUCAUGAGAACGCUCGGUACGGGGUCGUUUGGUCGAGUACACCUGGUGAGAUCUGUCCAUAACGGGAGAUACUAUGCGAUGAAGGUUCUGAAAAAGCAGCAGGUUAUCAAGAUGAAGCAGAUUGAGCAUACCAAUGACGAAAGGCGGAUGUUGAAAUUGGUGGAGCAUCCGUUUGUGAUUCGCAUGUGGGGGACGUUCCAGGAUGCCAGAAAUUUGUUCAUGGUGGUCGAUUACAUUGAAGGUGGAGAGCUUUUCUCUCUGUUGCGUAAAUCGCAUCGGUUUCCGAACCCUGUGGCGAAGUUUUACGCUGCGGAGGUGACACUGGCGUUGGAGUACAUGCACGCACAUAAUAUCAUCUACCGUGAUCUGAAACCGGAAAAUAUUCUACUGGAUCGCAACGGUCACAUCAAAAUAACCGAUUUCGGCUUUGCCAAGGAGGUCGUCACGGUGACCUGGACGCUGUGUGGGACCCCUGACUACAUUGCUCCGGAGGUGAUCACGACGAAGCCUUAUAACAAGUCUGUUGACUGGUGGUCACUUGGCGUUCUGAUCUUUGAGAUGUUGGCUGGGUACACGCCUUUCUACGACACAACUCCGAUGAAGACUUACGAAAAGAUAUUGCAGGGUAAGGUCAACUACCCACCGUUUUUCCACCCGGAUGCGGUCGACUUAUUGAGCAAGCUGAUUACAGCAGAUCUGACAAGAAGAUUGGGCAAUUUGCAAAGCGGUUCCGACGACAUCAAGUCCCAUCCCUGGUUCAGCGAGGUCGUAUGGGAAAAGCUGCUAGCCAAGGACAUCGAGACGCCCUACGAGCCACCGAUUACCCCCGGCGUAGGUGACACCUCGCUGUUCGAUCAGUACCCCGAAGAGCAUCUGGACUACGGCAUCAAGGGCGAAGACCCUUACGCACAAUAUUUCACAGAUUUUUGA